ACGAUAAGAGAAGCUAAGAUAUUCAGAUUGUGUAUCAUUAAGACUCAGUAAUAUUGUGUAUCAUUCAGACUCAGUAAUUCUACGACCGAAUAAAGAACGUAAACUUCAAAUUAUUAGGCAAUGAAUAAAGAAGAGGGAAGCCCGAGUCACACAUUUCGACUUGACAAGGUCGACGAAGCAGAGUUAAUACAUGAAAGCAGUAUGGGAACAGACAAACAGUGCAACCAUCACUCAAACUGUGUGUCUACCAUAGAAUCCAACCAGUUGUCUUCCGAGUGUUCCAAUCGAAUGACAGUGGCUAUGUCUUCAAAGCAACCGGAGAACAAGAGUGUUGACGGUUAUGAUAACAAUGGCAUUGCAAUCCGAGUUGAUCCAAUUGACGACAAUAUCUUAACCAUCACAAGUGCCCAGAGUUUUUUUUCAACAGGCACUCCUGGUAUCUGUAGAAGACAGGUCACUCUUCGAGAUCGACAACAAGAUCUUCUGCAGGCCGACAGUGUUUCUUGUUCUCACUUAAUGGAUGCAACGAUGGACAUUAGUUCAUCGAGGAAAAUGGAAAUUUCACACACGAAAAAAACGUUUUCCGUGUUACUGAGCAUCAUUUAUGCUGUAUUCUUGGUGACACUUGGUGGCGUUAUUACUAUGACGGAUCAAAACGUUACAAAGAGGUAUACGGCCGAGAUCUUCAGCAUCGUUGUUGCUGCUAUGGGGAUUAUGUGGCUCCUGUUGUUCCACAUCGACCUACAACGCUAUAAAAACCACGUUAUACGUUUGGUGAACGAGAAAAAUGAGGCCUUGCAAGAAGCCAUGGAACGCACCAGUCAAACGACACAAGCAGUCUGUAAUACGAUGUUUGAUAUCGGGCCAAACAUAAAGAGGCCCUCUUACCGAUUUCUUAAAGGUCGUCACGGUGGUAGUUUCUACUUGAAAAUAGGCAUGGCAGCGUUUUGUUUCGGGCACUUAAUUUACGAAGGAUUGCAACUAGGCCAGCAGAUAGUCUUCAUCGUAAAUAACAACAAUGAGUGUGUUGACGUAGCAGCCAUCGUUCUCCAUGUCAUCAUUCCAAUCUACUCGUUUUAUCAACUCUUCAUCUGCUUCAAGUACGCAAAUGUAAUAAUUAACAGGAUGAAACCUUUAUCCAGAUUUGGUUUGAUGCAUUUGAUUGCCACCUCUCUAUACUUCUGGUUCAGUACCAUAGUUGAGGAUGCUUUGCAGGAUUACUAUCAUAAAACCUCAAGCAACGGCUCAGACGAAAACGAAACCAGAGCAGAAGUUU